AUGCAGUUCUACCCCAAAGCACGGGAGCAGCGGCCGAGCAUCCAUGACCCAUCUGUUCGGCCUCUUCGAUUGGGUGUUCUCAAGGCAGCUACUGUCAAUCUUCUAGUGCUCCAAAUUCUGUUCCUAGGUCUAUUCUGUUACAUAUUCGGGUCCCUUUUUCAGCAGUCCGGACACAUCCACAACAUCAAUGUUUUGUUCGUGGACUACGAUGGUGGCGCAAUAGGCGAUGCAGCCCGCACAGCGUACCAAAAGCUCAAAGCACCCCACUUUCCAACUUUUAUUGAGCAAUCUGCCUCCGUCUACCCCGUACCUGGCUCGAUCGAAGGUGCAGUCUGCGACAUCAAAUACUGGGGAGCGUUAUACAUCACAGCGAAUGCGUCAAACGCACUGAGUGCCGCAUUUGCGGGUGGAUCCGCUGCGUCUUCCUACGACAAGAACGAUGUUCUCACCAUGGUGUGGAACGAAGCGCGCUACCCGACAGUGGUGGACUCGGUGCUUGCAGAUAGCAUGAAAUUGUUUUCGGAAACUGCACGUGUUACAUAUUCGCGGACCAACGGGCACCAGUCUCUGCAAAGUAUCAACAGCUCUGAUUCUGCAGCGCUUUCAGCGUUAUAUGAACCGUGGACACUGGCCAACAACAAUAUUCAGCCCACAUCACAAGGGUCAAGAGUUAUCUACAACACGCUUGUUAUCAUUUUGAUCCUGAUCCAGGAAUUCUUCUACCUGGGUACUAUCAACGGUUUAUACGCUCAAUUCAAACUCUACACAUCGGUGUCACCCCAUCGCAUCGCCAUCGUGCGUCUGAUCAUAUCUUCAAUCUACACAGUCAUCGGGUCUAUGUCUACAGCCGGUGCAAUCUGGGCCUUCCGGAGUGGUUGGAAUGUGAACGGAAACCAGUUCGCACUCACCUGGCUGGUCCUGUGGCUCUUUGCGCAUUUGAACUUCUUGGUGUUAGACGUUUUCACCAUCUGGCUCCCCCCUCCCUACGUACCGAUGGCGCUGAUAUCGUGGAUCAUCACGAACAUCACUUCCAUUCUUAUCCCAUUCGAGCUGUCACCUGCUUUCUACCGAGUGGGCUUUGCUUUACCUGCACAUUCUGUCUUUCAGGUACUCAUCGACAUCUGGUCUUCUGGCUGCAAUCCCAAACUAUAUUACGCGCUGCCUGUCCUGUUUGUCUAUGAAGUACUUGGUAUCGCCCUUAGCACCAUUGGUGUUUAUCGAAGGGCCCAUUACGCAUGCGUAAAACAAGAGAUGGAAGAGAAGGAUUGCCGGGAGCAGGUGGAAUCCACGCUCCAUGAGCAACAAGAGGCUCGACAGGUCAGACAGAAGACCACAGAAGAGGCCGAAGGUAGCGCAACGGACACCGGGGAUGAGGGAGAUGCUAUGCCAAGACAAAGACAAGGCACGGUGACAACACUCAGAGAUGAAGACCAAGCGGAGUUAGCCAACAUUAUCCACCGUGAGAUGUCUCGACCGAGGGCCGAAAGACCAGGUACCAGCCGAGAUAGCACCGGUCCGUCUUUUGCGUUGGCCUAUAGAGAGUAA